CAUGUCUGGUUGACUGGUUGAGUUCUCUUUGAAACUCAAGUGUUUACGUUGCUCAAAGGAUAACGCUAUGUCGGUGGGGAGCAACGACACAUCACAGUGGCUGUCCGUCACCGAGGAGACGCUCUUUCUUCACGAUGGGUUGAUGCGAGUUACCGAUCUGGUGGAGAUUCCACCAGCCGUUUCAGCAGCACUUGGAAAACUCCAGGACGCUGCCUUAAUAACAUUCGAUACCAAGAGCCCUAGCGAUCUAGCCGACAGAAUCAAGGCUCUAUGCGGGCAGCAGAAUAACGAGUACACGCGUCUGCUAGAGUACAGGGUCAGCGCGCUAAAGGGGCUAUGGCGAGCGCAACAGCAAUGUGUCGUUGACGAUCAGAAUUCGCGCGGCGCCACCAGUAACAACGAAGAAGCGGUGGCACUGCUGAAGAAACAGGGCCUGUUGCCUCAGGGCGAUGGCAGCCAAUUCUCAUCGCGGCUCAGUCUGCUGCUCCUCUUCCCACUACUGCAGUCGCAGAGCAAUCUUGACAGCGCCCUCUGUGGGACGACAGCAGAACUAUUGCUCGCCUGCUUGCGCGAGUGUGCUCCGCUAAGCUUGAUGAAGGAGCCAGCUGAUUGCUUGAGUGGACUGGAGAACUUGCUGUGUUCGUGGCUGGGAGAGAACGGGCAGCAGUGUCGUGCUAGGAACGAUGCUGAGCGGGAGUGCUUGGUCUCCGCCGUCGUGGCUCUCGCAAGCGGAAGGGGCACUGUGAAGACGAUUCUGCACACUGUGCAUCUACUGCAGAACAUGGAAUGCCCCCUGCAGGCGGUUCCAGUCGGUGACAUUCUUAGGAAACUUUUGGCACUAGAGGGUGGUCCAGGUGUCGCAUGUGCUGUACUUGGAAGCAAGCACAUUCUCACCUGGGGCGUGGAGGACCUCCUGGGCAGAGAUACGUCUGCAGUUCCAGGUGGUGAGAUACGGAGGAGCAUUACGUGUGAUGAUCGCUUCCUAUUUGUGACGAAUGGCGCUGGUAAAGGCCUAGCCAAGAUAGGCAUGGGACUGCAGGGUACACUGAGGGGCUUAGUAUAUUCGCGCAACACAGAAAUCGGUCCAGGCUACAUAGCCUGGGCCAGUGGAACGUUGCUGUACCGACCGUGUCGGUUCGACCAGUACAACCAGAUGGAGACGGACGACUUUGCUCAGAUCAUUAGUCCGAUCACGAUGGAGCCAAUAGGUAUAGUGAAGAAGGUUGAUUGGAGCAUGGACAUUAUGCCUUUCGUAAACACGGUCCAGUUCUGCAGCGAUGGAAUCUACUUCUACUGGUUAUGGAUUGCCGCUGUAGUGUCCGAUCGCAAUGCCUCUCCGGCAGCUGUUCACUUAGAUGUAUUUAAGCUGGAGGCUUCAACAGGAGUCCUGCAGCAGGUGAAACCGACAGUGACUCUACAGAAGAAGGACGAAAUCUCAGGAAAGACGACGAACGAGAGCCUGCUCGCACGCUUCCGACCUUACCGCUCCUAUGCAGCUGUCGCAGCCUCCCUCACAGGCCUCGGAAGCACCGUCUCUGCUGCCAGCGCCACCUCUAGGGAGGAUAGCAGUACAAGCUGUGGCAUCGCCAUGAAGACACUCAUGAAGGCACCGAUCUUCACCGACGGGAGCCUGGUCGUCGUACUGACCCCGGUGCCGGGAACCGCCAACCAGAGCGCCACUCGCUCGCUGUUCGGCAGUGGCAGCGGUCUCGCUGGCCUCAGAUCGUUGGCGAUAAACAUGAUGUACAGCGUGUCGGAGGGGCAGUUCAUUAGUCGUACGGAGCUAGCCGAUGCGCCCACCUGCUCACUCGCGCGAGGCACCACCACAUCUAGUCUAGGUGUCUGCUUCGACAUGCACAACAACCAGAUCUGGUGCUGCUCGGGCGACUGGGUCGACCAGUUCUUUAACCCGAGCCAUCAGGCGGCGCACCACAUCUGCAAGCAGCUAGGACUGCCCGUCGGUCAGUACCGGCGUCCGGACGACACCUGCAGGUCUUCGUCUCGAUGCCUCAUGCACCUGCGAGGCAUGAUACUGAGCGAGUACGCCGAACAACUCAGGAAUCCGAUGAUCACGAACGAUGAAGCAAAGAAGCACGUUGCCCUCUUGUGGCAGAUACUGGACAGUAACAGAGACAGUGAGGAGCUGAGUGCGGAGGUGAUGGCGGCGUGUCGUGUCAUCAACGCCGGACUCACGACGUUCUACGAGACCGAGCAGAAACGACACAAGCUGCUGCAUCACCUCCUCACCACCGUUUUAGCCCCCUAG